GAAUUAGCGAUUCCUUUGUGCCGCUGUGCAUGGCCCGACAGGAUAGCUGUCCCUGCUCAUUGCCAGAAGCGAUUUCGUCAGUCUUUAAUAUUCCUCUUGGAGAACUGCUAUGCGAAGAAGUAACGGGGACAAAAGAAUCGCGAAAACUCUUCACAGCACGCCCCUUGAGCCAAGGACAGUUGCGUUUCCUGGCCAGGAUGGCCAUUCUACAGCACCAUAUGCAUGAUCGGCUCAUCUUUGGCAACAUUUGUGCCGGAUAACAGCGCAUAUCUGCUACAUUUAGUCAAAGCUUCUCCCGUUUUCGCAAUGGGUCCGAUCUAGCAACUCAAAUGGGGCCAAAAAGUCGAUUUGGCUUCCACUGCAUCGAUCCGUACUGCACGCCAGCCGCAGACUCUCUGUCUGUGCCAAAUGCCAAGGAAAUUGAUGCGAAUGAGAUCCGUCAA